AUGGCUACCGCCCCUCUCCAUUCCGGCGCUGUCCACACCACCGCUAUCACCAGUACCAGCAACCCAACAGUCCGCCAAUCCGCCCGCCAAACCCGCACAAACCCCAGCCGCACCUCCAAAACCGCUAGCCGCUCCACAUUGGCCGGUCUGGGUUUCCACGGCAGCAGCGGAUACGGUUUUGGCUCAGGUAUUGGUAGUGCUGGUGCUGGUGGUGGUCCGGAUUCAGCUAGCGCUCACAAUGUUCCCCACGGCCUCUACCCGGCCAUCACUCAUUUUACCGACGCCAUAACAGCGCUGCCCAAGGAGUUCCGACGGCAUGCGUCAUUGCUGAAGGAGGUGGAUGGGAAGGCGUGGGCGCUUGAAGAAACUCUGGCGAAACAGCUUGAUGCGGCUACGGCGUCGACGCCGUAUGCGAAGUUAAUGCAAACGGGUGUUCCGGCGAAGGAACCGAUCAACUAUGACUCUCCCGAGUCUCUUGCGCGCAGGAAGAUUUUCUUCGAACUUCGCUCAACUCUCUCCGAUCUUAUGAUCACCACCGACGAAAAGAACCAUGUCCUCUGGAAUGCAAAUAACGAACUUGAGAAGCAGAUUACGCGUAUCGAAACGACCUUCCCCUACGUUGAGGGUGAAAUUAGUGAAGAGGCGCGGUUGGGUAGUAUUACCCACUGGGCCUACUCGAACAAAACUGCCGCCAAAGCUGCGGGAAAUACAUCUGAGCGUCCCCGACGCGAAACUGCUUCUACCCGUGAUCAGAAUCUCACGGUUGACGGUGAGACUAGAAGAGAAGGCGUCUCUCGGAAGCAUCGCCGCAAUCAACCCGAUGCAGAUGGCGAGGAUGGACGGGUUCCUUUGCGAAAGGGUACAAGUGGGAAAGGCAGGGGUGGGGAAACACCGGCCAGUGGAAAUACCCCCAUUGGCGUGGUUGGUGCGGUUGCCGGCUCCUCUGCGGCCCCUGCAAAACGGAGAAGAGUCGAAAAGCCUCCACUCACCUCCACGGCAAUAGCUUCGGCAAUGGAGCGAUCGGUUAGCGCGACAACAAAUAUAGGCACUGGGCGAGGUGUUCCGAAGGAUGUUUCUGCUGCCGAUGUUGUGAAGAAGAGGAUACGAGCACCUAAUGCUAAUCCUUCUGCGAGGAAAAGAGCGAACACAGCAGCGUCUACAACCUCUCUACCUGCCCUUGUCCCUUCAUCCGGUGUCACAUCCGUCUCUGGUACAAAGGCCUCCAGUCCUGCUCCUAACACAAUCUCCCGUACCGCAUCCUCCAGAGCACAGCAAGGCGCUACCCAGGCGACCAAUGGCCGUCAGAGACCUUCAUCCUCCACAUCGAACCGGGCAUCCAAUUCAAGUACGUUACCUGGACCUGUACCUGGAUCCACCACCCACCUGGAGGUCUCUAACCGGGUUAUUCCACUCGCAGAAAAACCUACAUCUUCGGAUCCCAAACUCCUCUCUUCUGCCCACAGAGAGCUUGCUAGUGCGAAACCUGACCACCCUCCUUCCUCCACUACAACUGGAUUUAAUGAUGAUAAUAGAGUUGGUCUUUCUACUUCUACUACCUCAAGGCCGAUGGAACCAGUCCCAAAGAGAGAAGAAGCCGGCCCCAACGAUAUUACCAACAACAAUAACUCGACCAAACUAGAUAUAGCCGCUGCCACUGAAGGCCCAUCCGCUUCACAACAGCCAAAAAGCCGUUCCUCCAAAAACUCUACCCCAGUCGUCUCCACCUUUGCCGAAUCAGCCCAACAACUACCGCUACAACGAACCACGAGGCCCCGCGGUGGCACGUCAACAACGACAACAACCACAGAUGGAGUACCAGGCACCACCACCAGCUCCAGCUCCACUACGACUAAACGGCCACAUAAAAAGGGCGCUGGACUCACAGCCGCUGCGCAGCAACUUACCGCUGCUGCAGCGGCGACAGAAGAUGAGGAUUCCUCGAGACAAGGCGACGAUGAGGAGGAUGAGACAGAACCGAGGUAUUGCUAUUGUAACCAGGUUAGUUUUGGGGAGAUGGUUGCGUGUGAUAAUGAGACGUGUCCGAGGGAGUGGUUUCACUUGUCGUGUGUGGGGUUGUCAAGGGCGCCGUUGAAGAGUUCCAAGUGGUAUUGUAACGAGUGUAAGGAUAGUAGUCAGCGGAAAGGGAAAUCGGGGAAUGGAAAGUAA